AUGAGUGAUGGAUUUUGCGGUACUCAUUUGCAGAUCAUGGUUAGGACUAGAGGAUUAGGUCAUGCCUUAGGUCAAGUCACUGGCAGAGGUCUGGGCAGAGGAGAUCGUGAUGAUUCCGAUGAUGCUCCGCAGCGUCGACGGCCUACUGCAUCCGCAUGGAGGCAGCGAGUCGCUGUGACUGCGGAUCACGUCAAUGAGCCAGUCAUCCCUGCGCCAGAUGUUCAAGAUGACCCGAUGGAGGCACCAGCUGUUGUGGAGGACAUUCCUGCGGACGCAGGCGUAGAGGCGGUUGAGGAUCAGCCUCAGGGAUUUCCGGGUGGUCCGAGCGACCCAUCUGUGUUGACAGCGUAUGCGGAUCACGUUGCUUGCAGCGUAUGGACGGGAGAGGAGCAUCCUGAAUUGAAGCUAUCCUCUCAUGGGAGGAAGGUCCACAGUUUAGGCAGGCCUGUCCCUGCCAUUGAGGGACUUAUUGCUGGUACAGGACUAAGUCCUCUGAUCGCGUGUUCGGUAGACACCGGCGAUCGGGGACUUUUGUCCGCGUUUGUGGAGCGGUGGCACCGGGAGACGUCUAGUUUCCAUCUCCCGGUGGGAGAGCUCACCAUCACAUUGGACGACGUCUCCUCUCUUCUCCAUCUUCCCGUUAUUGGCGACUUACACGCAUUUGAGCCCUUGCACGUGGACGAUGCGGUUCAGAUGCUGGUGGACUUGUUGAUGGUCUCUCCAGAGUCUGCUAGGGCUGAGACAGUCCAGUGUCGUGGAUCGUACGUACGCCUGCAAUGGUGCUGGAUUUACGAGCACUUUCCCUCGGUCGCGGAGUCCACCGCUGACCAGGACUACGACGAGGCUUCUCCGCGUGCGUGCAGGUGGAUUGCGACGAAGAAGACCGUGAAAAGAAUUCGCACGCCAUCGUACAGGGAGCGCCUAGACCGACUCCAGAUUCCGGAUGUCUGCUGGAUCCCUUAUGGGGAGCAUCGGGAGGUCCGGGACUUCCACGUCAGAUCAUGCUAUUUCGGUCUCUUUCGCUGGGGGCCUGUUGCUGUUUAUUACCGAUCGGAGAGGGUCGUGCGGCAGUUUGGCUACACGCAGACCAUUCCUGCUCCUCCUGUCGAUUCAUGGGUCUCGUAUGAUGAUAUACACGACAGGUGGAUGCACUACGAGGAUCAUAUCGUACCUGCAAGUGAGGCCACGCAUUAG